AUAAAAAUAUGGUCACAUAGAACAAUAUUUAAAAAUCAAUAUACAAUUUUUGUUAUUGAUUUUCCGGGCUGUAUGGCCGUGGUCAUAUGACACAGAGAUCUCUGUCAGUGCUACACCUCUGAAGAUGCCAGUCACAGCUGCUGGCGAAACGUCAGGAACUACAAUGCCAAGACCAGGGCCAUACUGCCCAGAAAAUCUACAACUUAAAGUUCUCCGGCUGUGAAAGCCUUGCACAAAAUAUACAAUUUGUUUUAAAAAGCAGCCACAUACUGCACAACCUGCCAGCAUCAACGAACCCCUGGGGCAGAGUGGCCAAUAGACAAAUAAACUGCAAAAACAAAGGUGGGGCUGGGUGGCUCUCCCAGCGCAACCACCAUGAUUUACUUGCUCCUGGCCUACUCUCAGAAGGCUCUCCUCUGAACUUCUUCCUUUCAGCUGCAUGACUUUAUGACGCCUCCCUUCCACACAAAGAGCAGCGCUUCCCUUUAACCCCCAAAUGCAAAUAUAUUUAGAUCUAGGUGGGGCGAGCGAGCCCUUCGACGCCGGGGGGCGGGGAGACAGCGCCGGCCUCCCCGAGCGCUGGGCAGUGCCCGCGGGAGAGAGCCGCGCUCGGGUCGCUCCUUUCGCUCCGCCGCCUUUUCCUGCAGGGAAGCGAAGCCGGCCUUGGCGAGAGCCGCGGAUUCCGGCACAGUCCCCGGGAUGGCCGCCGGCAACGGCGGCGAGUGGCGCCCCUUCGAGGCCGCGCUCCGCAGCAGCCUCCGCCUCCUGCGGGACAGCCUGGGGCAGCGGCGGGGAGGGCUCCCGGGCAGGGACGACUGCGUGGAGGCCGAGCAGCAGCCGUCGCCGCCCAGCGCCCUGGAAGCCUUGCCGAUAUAAGAAAUGUUUUUCAUGUCAGAAGAGACCUCUGAAAUCCAGUCAGUCCACUUACAGAACUAUGACUUCCCUUUUACAUUCGCUGGUCACGCAGACAGAGCCUCGCUUUGCUAUGUUUGGGCCGGGACUGGAAGACUUGGACAAAUCUUUGGUGCAUAAAAUGAUGACGAGCCCAGAUAUUUUCCCACUUGCUGGUUUACCUCAGAGACAAAUCCAUGGAAUAGGAUCAGGAGUCACAUUUCGUUAUAAGAACCAACAGACACUCAAUAUUCUGACACUAUAUUCAAAGACAAGCAAGGAAAGACGCACAGCCAGACAAGAGUUAACGAACAACUUCAACAAGAUGUUCCAUGAAAUAAACAACGCUGAUGGGACGACACAGUACAAUCCUAUUGAACAUGUUAAAAACGUGUGCCAGUUGGUUGAUGGGUUUAUCUACAUUGCAGACGCUGAAGCCCAAAAAAGACAUAGCCGGCAGAUUGAAGUUGCUCGAAUGGCAGCAAUGUUUAAUCCAGCCUUCGGGCCUCCCAGGAGACCUGUUCUGAUCUUGUCCUGCAUUUCUAGUGUUGGGAUUGAGAGAAUUCCUUGUGUUUACAUGGCACACCAACUACAACUCAACUUGCUUGGCCAACCAUGGAUGGUUCAGGAUACUGAAGCUGAAACGUUAACUGGACUGUUAGAUGGAAUUGAAUGGCUACUGGGAGUAACUAGAUAUAACAAUACCCAGUGAUCAGAUAUUAUUUGAAUGCCAAAAGACUCUGUGUGUGUGUGUGUGUGUGUGUUAAUUCCUCGUUUAGAAGCAGUGACUGAUGUGAACAGCCACUUUUAUCCUAAUAUAAGAGAUUAUUGUUACUCAUGAGGACCAAUUCUGUCGUAAUCAGUGCAAUUUAAAAUACAGAUCUGAAAAUACAGGAAGGUGGGAUAGGAUUCUGGCAGCAUCGUGUUGCUUAUGUUACCAGCUUCAGAUGCCCUCCCACUAAGUAGCAGGUUUCUGUGGAUGGCCAAGGUAUGCUGCUACUGAUGGGCACUCAACCAUCAGGUCAGUUGGGGAGGGUGAAGGCAUUGGAACCCAUAUCCCUCAGAAGUCUUGUCUUUCCUUGUUCUACAAACUCCCCUCCUAGCUCUGUUCGUGUCUAGUCAGGCCCUGUUUCAGAGACCAUCAGUAUGUCAAACAUGAAUGGCUGCCACGAGAAGCACGGAGCUUUGCCAUCUGGCCCCACAAGAUUGUGGAGAUGAGGAAUUAUUCAUCUUUCUUUUAGGAAAGGUUGCAAAAUCUCCCCUGUUCAUAUUUGGCGUUUAUUCCCUCUCCCAAGAUUUUUAUAUUAUAUUUUAUAUUAUAAAUGUUUUAAUUUAUUACAACAAAUUAAAAAUGGAUAUAUAUAUAUCACUCACACAAAUAGAAGGAAGAAAACACAUUCAAGGAACCUCCAAUUUGAUUUGACAUCAAAUACACGGUAAUACUUCCUGUGGAUCAUUUA